ACAGAUCAGAAGUAAGUUGUGUUGUUUGAACUGCUAAAAAAAUAUACACACACAGAUAGCAUUGACAAGGAGUCUCUUUUUCCCCCGGAACUUGCUUCUUCUUAAUCAGCAGAUGGUAGGUUGCUACUGGAUCAGCUUAUUUUUGUCAUUUUCUUGUUUUGUGGGGAUUCUUCAUGCAAGUGUAGGUGAUGCUGAUCCCUCGUACAGGUCUUGCCUAAAAGACUGCGAGGCAUCAGGAUGUGUAGGUGAUAUAUGCUUUCCCCACUGCAACUUCUCGUCUGAUGGUGCCUCACUUAAUGGUCCUUGGUACAUGCAAGAACCUCUGUAUUUGAGGUGGAAACAAUGGGAUUGUCAUAGCGAUUGCCGGUACCAUUGCAUGCUCAAUAGGGAGAAAGAUAGAGCCGCAUCUGGUCACGAGCCUGUCAAGUAUCAUGGUAAAUGGCCUUUCAAGCGAGUAUUUGGAAUUCAGGAGCCUGCUUCUGUUGUAUUUUCUGCACUCAACCUGGCAAUGCAUUUUCACGGGUGGCUAUCCUUCUUCAUUCUUUUGCAUUACAAGCUGCCUACGAAAUCAGAUAAAAAGCCUUACUAUGAUUAUGCUGGUUUAUGGCAUCUAUACGCGCUGUUAGCAUUAAACUCGUGGUUUUGGAGCGCUGUUUUUCAUAGUCGAGAUGUGGAGAUGACGGAAAAGCUAGACUACUUCUCUGCAAUUGCAUUGCUUGGAUACUCGCUCAUUGUAGCCAUUUUAAGAAGCUUUAAUGUGAGGCUGGAGGCUGCGAGAGUAAUGGUUUCUGCUCCAUUGCUUGCAUUUGUUACCACUCACAUUUUGUACCUCAAUAACUACAAAUUGGAUUAUGGAUGGAACAUGAAAGUGUGUGUUGCCAUGGGGGUUGCACAACUAUUGAUCUGGGCAGUAUGGGGUGGAGUGAGUGGUCAUCCUUCCCGUUGGAAACUAUGGUUUGUAAUAGUGGCCGGUGCACUAGCCAUGCUGUUAGAAAUAUAUGAUUUCCCUCCAUAUGAAGGAUUUGUGGAUGCACAUGCUGCUUGGCAUGCGACAACCAUACCUCUCACAUAUUUAUGGUGGAGUUUCAUCAAGGACGAUGCUGAAUUUAGAACAUCUACUGCAAUGAAGAAGAUAAAAUAACUUACAGGAUUGUAGCCACUGAUUUUUUAAUUUCAGAUUUAUGGGUUUAUCUUGUUUUAGAAAACCUCAUGAUGGUAGUAUUAUUUCUCUCUCUUCCCCCCCUUUGUUUGAGCUAAGAAUACUUUUUGGUCAUUGGAACACAUGGCUGUUGUAUUAGACAUUGUAUGCGAUCGAUUUUAAUAGUAAGGAUUAAGUGGAUAGAA